AUGUCACAAAAAUCACAAACACAAAGAAAACCAACAACAACACCCACUACUGCUAGUUCAGUAGGUUCAAAACAAUCAACCAAGAUAGCUACAACUACAACUACAACUAGUUCUUCUUCAGAUAAAUUAGAGAUUAAUAAUAAUAUUAAAGUAGAGAUUAUAAAGAAAGAAAGAUUGUUUUUGGAAUGCAAAUAUAUUAGUGGUGUUGGUGGUAAGCAGUACAAGGGGACUGUGCAUGUCAGUUGGUCUGCCAACAAGAUGGAUCAACUUAAAAAGGGAGAUCAUGUUGAAUGCAGAGUAGUGUCGAUCGAUGAGAGCAACGCAUCGUUGCAACUUGCACAUGCAGAGUGUUCAAAGCAACAGACAUCGACGAUUGUCACACUGACUGCUCAAGCAGGUACAUUGGUGACUGCAUACCCUAUCGGUCAGACAAAUGGAGAUAGUGUGUCGGUACACGUUGCACCGGGUCGAGUAGCGACAAUUGACAUUCUCAACAACUUUAAGACCAAGUUGGCACUUGACAACUUUAUCUCUCAUCCAACCCGCGGUAUUGCAUGUGCCGUCGAAUCGAUCAAUAAGGGCAGCGAGAGUAUUUCACUCAAGGUGAUUGACGAUGCUGCAAAGUCUAACCCCAAGCCAACCACACCGUCGGUUGGGUUGGUUGUACUCGCCAAGAUUGAGGAAAAGAUGACCGAUGCAAUGGUCGUCAGAACGUGUUAUGGAAAGGGGUACAUCAAGAUGAUCGAUGUAUGCGAUGUUGCUCGUACACGUCCAUUUGAUAUUUACGCAGUCAAUGCAUACGUGUCGGCUGUGAUUGUGGCCAUUGACGUCAAGGCAAAGACUGCAUACCUCUCGUUGAAGCGUUCGUUGCUCGGCGAGACCACCUCUGCCUCGAACCCACAGUUUGAGCAUGCACCAGCCUACAACCGUAUCAACGAGGCUGGCAAGCCCAUCUACGGAUAUGUCGUCGGUGUCGAUACCAACCAUCCUAGAGUGACCGUGCAGAUCAGCACCGUCGCCAACAAGGUUGUCAAGGUUGCCGACGCAGACUUGCUCGAGCACGUCAACUCGAUCGGCACCAUCAUCCGUCUCGACAAGGCCGGCAACUCUGUCUCGAAUACCAAGCCAUCGAUCACUGACGUUGUCGGCGAGGGUGUUGAGUUGACUGUGCAGUCGGUUGGCAAGACCGAGGUUGUCCUCAAAUCAGGCAAGAGAGAGCGUGUCUACUAUGCCAAGCAGUCGUCUGGCGACGAUGUUGCCGUCGGCAGCUUGUUCUUGGCCAAGAUCACAUCGAUCCAAGACGACAAGACAUUUGUUACACUCGACCCAUCGAUCGUUGGCGAGAACCAAAUCUACGAUGUUCUCAACAUUCCAUACCUCAAAAAAGAUCAACCCGAAAAAUGCAUCCCAAUCAAAUACAAAUCAAUCGAUCAAUUAUUAAAAGAUAUUGAAACAAAGAAAUCAGAAGAAAAAGAAGAAAAAGAAGAAAAGGAGACAUUAGCAGCCGAAUGGAAUUUGAACAAAUUGGAAUCAAUGAAAGUUGAAGAGAAACCAUCACUAUUAUUAACAAAGAGAAAGGAUAGAGAGGAUAAAGAAGAGCUUAAAACAGCAGAAGAAGAUAUAGUUGAAGAAGAAGAGAUUGUAAACACCAAGAAACAAAAAAUACAAAAGAAAUUAGGAAAGUUGGAACAUGAACGAGUGAUUAGCGAACGUGAAGAGACAUUGUUGGAUCAAAACUCUGUGCCAGAAAGCUCGGGUGAUUUUGAACGUGUGUUGUUGGGUUCGCCAAACAGCUCUUAUAUUUGGAUUCAAUACAUGUCGUUUUACUUGGGUAUGAGUGAAAUCCAAAAGGCACGUGAUAUUGGUGAACGUGCACUCAAAAAGAUUCUCAGUAGCGAAGUUGUCGAACAACGUAACGUCUGGGUUGCCCUUUUAAACAUGGAGAAUAUGUAUGGCGGUGAAGACACGCUCAUGACGCUAUUCAAGCGUGCCAUCCUCUACCAAGACCCAAAGAGAAUGUAUUUUGCCAUCAUUCAAAUCCUCGAACACACUGAAAAGUUGGAUCGUGUCGAUCCCUACUUUGCCAUGUUUUUCAAAAAAUACCGUCACUCUUCCAAGGCCUGGAUCCGUUACGCCGAGUACCUCGCCAAGACCCAACAACUCGACAAGCUCUCAGAGACCCUUUCCCGUUUGCCACGUGUCGAACAACUCAAAAAAAAGAAACUCAUCAUGAUCACUAGCAAGAUUGGUCAAUUGGAAUUCAAACAUGGAAACCCAGAGCGUGGACGUACCGUCUUUGAAAGUUUGAUCAGCUCCAACCCUUCACGUACCGAUCUCUGGAACGUCUACAUUGACCAAGAACUCAAACAAGAAAAUAAUGCCAAAAAUAUUAGACGUCUCUUUGACCGUUGCAUUUCACUCAAGACUUCAGAUCGUAAUAUCAAACAAUUCUUUAAACGUUAUCUAUCCUAUGAAAAGGAUCAUGGUGAUGAAUCAUCUGUCAACAAUGUAAAACAAUUGGCUAUUAAAUAUGUUGAAGAAAGUUCAAAAUAA